GUGCACAUACACAAUUGGAGAACUGUCAAACUAUGCGUGGGUCCGGUAAUUCCAAGGGCUCGGAAUGCUCGUUGAGGCAUGACACCUUGUAGUUUUACAUCACCUUUUUCACUCGCCAUCUCGCCAACCCGCAAUAUCACCAGUUUAUGUACGAAUUAUCGCCAAUCUUUUUCACAUCUCUCGUUAAAGGGUUAGCUGGUUAUCACUGUCAACCAGCUGUAGGGUAGGCGUAUGUAUACUUAUCUCGCUCAUACAAGAUUCGGGUUAACAGCAGCUGUCAAAAAGACAUAAUACUUUGCAAAAAUUAUAACCGAAUGAGUUUUCUUACGAUUCCGUUACACCGAUGCUUUAGUCGGCUCAUAAAUUCAACGAUAAAUUAAUAAUAAUUUUGAUAAACGAUCGGACUGAUAAGCGAGUUAAAUCAGCACGAAUAAUGGAAUUGAGUGACUUGAUAUUGGUUACAAAACUUGAUAACGUCGUUCUCACUGAUAGAAGCGAUGGAACUGAUAAAAACUCUAGCUUAGAUAGAACGCUCUGCAUCACUGGACAUCAUCUUAUACUAUCAUCAAGGCAGGCUGUUUCCCAGGAGCUCUUGUUACUUCACAGAAACAUAGAUGUCAUAGAGAAAAAGUCAAACAACCAAAACCCUGGAGGCAGUAUUAUUUUAAAAUGCAAGGAUUUCCAUAUCUAUCAACUCGACAUCAACAGUACAGAGGAUUUAAAUAAUGUGUCGUUAUCUCUGGAGAGGCUGGCAUGUUUAGAUCAACCUCUCCAGUAUCCUUUUUUCUACAGCCCUCAACCUGUGAAUAAUUCCACGGUGCAAGUGGAAGAUGGAUGGACUGCAUUUGCACCAGUUUCAGAAUGGUCUAGACUAUUAGCAACACAUGCUGAUGAGUGGCGGAUUUGUUAUCUGAAUCGUGAUUAUAAAGUCUGUAAUUCGUACCCAUCAGCCGUAAUAGUACCGCGGCAUAUAGAAGAUAAAAUUAUUGUACUAGCAGCAAAGUUUAGAGAUGGCGGACGAUUUCCUGUACUCUGCUACAGACACGAUGGGGGGAGUAUUCUCAUGAGAAGCAGUCAGCCAUUGUCUGGAGCUACAGGAAAAAGAUGCAAAGAGGACGAACGGCUUUUGAAUGCUGUAUUAGGUCCAGGCAGACGAGGGUACAUAGUGGAUACAAGGUCUGCCAGCCAGGCACAAGCGGCUAAAAACCGAGGAGGUGGAACUGAAAUGGAUGCAGCUUACCCGCAAUGGCGUAAGGUGCAUAAGGCUGUGCCACGCUCUACUGACCUGGCAGAAAGUUUCUGUAAACUAAUAGAAGCCUGCAGUGACACAAAGUGCUCCACGUCCCAAUGGCUUUCUCGACUAGAGGGUAGUGGCUGGCUAUCUGCAAUUCAAGCAGCAUUGAAUGCAGCCUGUGUAGCUGCCCAAUGUCUUCACCAAGAAGCAGCUGCUGUCUUAGUACAUGGUGGUGCUGGCAGAGAUUGUACUCUCGUUGUGACGAGUUUGACCCAAGCCAUUCUGAAUCCUGACUGUCGAACGGUGAGAGGUCUGCAGGCUUUAGUUGAACGCGAGUGGUUACAAGCUGGCCAUGCUUUUUUCAGUCGGACACGUCAUGGGCCUUAUCACCCACCCAAUUCUCAAAGUCCAGCACAUGCUCCCACCUUCUUGUUAUUUCUAGAUUGUCUCUACCAGCUACAUCGCCAAUUUCAAUUCAGCUUUGAAUAUACAACAGAUUUACUCAUCGAACUUUACAAACAUGCAUAUUGCUCAAGCUAUGGAACCUUCUUGGGUGAUUCAGAAGCAGAACGAAUUCAGCUUAGAUUAUCUGAGAGAACGGCCAGUUUAUGGUCACAUAUAAAUCAACCAGAUCUUUUGGAGAAAUGGUUAAAUCCACUUUACGAACCAAAUCCUGGCGUUAUUUGGCCCAGUGUGGCACCUAUAAGCAUAGAAUUGUGGAUGGAACUUUACCUUUCACAUACAAACACCGCGCCAUGGAAAGGAACACUUUCUUGCGCAAUGCACAUUAAACGAAAGCAUUCUGCAAUUCGAAAGAUAGCUGGUCAGCUUCAAUCGCAAAUCCGUAAAGGUAUCGAAGAAAUUCACGCCAAUCCAGAUUCUUCCUAUGGGACAGAGAACGCUGAAGAACACCUUCGACUAGCUCAGAUGAACUUAGAACCACAAAGCACUUGAUGAAGGGCAUAGUUAAAUUUAAUGAGCAAAGUCAUAUUUAAAAAGGAUUCGCUUACCCAGGGCCCUUUUUUACUUAGAUAUUGCGAAAAAUUUGACAAGUCCCAUGUGUACAGUUUAAGAACACGAAAUAUUGAACCAUUUAUUUGAAAUAUUUAUACUUAUAAUU